AUGGCAUCACCAAUAAGAAGAAGAACAUUUUCUGGAAGUCGUUUUUUCUCACCUGUAGACAGUGAUCAAGAAUUAAAUGAUUUGGAAGUGGAAAAUGUGUUUGGUGAUGGUAAUGAAAGUCUUAAUGGAAGUGCAAGUGAUAUUGAUUCUUCACCAACUAAACAAUACAGACGACCAGGCACUGCCUCCAAAAUCAAUUACUCACCUUUCAGGCCAUCAACAGUGAUGUCUAAUUUACAAAGAGGUAAUGUUCAAACAACAACACCAUCAGUUAUACAAAAUAUGAGUAUACAUCAAAUGGCAGCUCAAGGUGAAUUAGUUUUAUUGACACAAGAGAUUAAAGAUGGAUGUGAUAUCAAUAAAGCCGAUGAUUCUGGAUUCACACCUAUAUUAUGGGCGUCUGCUAACGGUCAGAUGUCUAGUGUAGAAUAUCUAUUAGAGAAUGGUGCCUGUAUUAAUACUGUUGGUAAUCAUGGUGAAAACUCAUUACUAUUAUCAAGUUGUUAUGGAUAUUCUGAUAUUGUGUUAGAAUUAUUAAAAUUAGGAAUGGAUAUUAACUAUAGAGAUGAGAGUGGAAGUUCAGCUUUAAUUUAUUCAGCUUUCAAUAAUCACCUAUCAUGUAUACAGUUAUUAUUAGAAUGGGGAGCUGAUAUAACUAUUAUAAAUGAAGAUAAUCAUACUGCUUUUGAUUUAGCUGUAGGUCAAGGUCAUAAAGCAGCUCAACAAAUAAUAGAGAGACAUAUGUUAGGGAUGUUUGAAGAUCCAAGCUGA